AUGGACUAUAAAAGGUGGAAAAAAAUUAAGAGAAGUGGAGGUUUUAGACGAAAAGUAAGCAAGAUAUAUGCACAAUUGAAACAAUCAACAUUUACAUUGACUGCAACCACGGGUGAAGUACAAUCAAAUAAAAUUAGUAUGGGUUCCGUAGAAAAAAAUAAUGUCACGAUUGAUGAUGAAAUUGGUGAAACGUCAACUAGUGAAAUAUUUCCUCGUUCUAAAAACAUCUCCGCUGGUAUAAACUCGGAUCCAGACAGUAGUGAUAAUAAAAAUGACAAUAAUACAAUGAGACAAGACAAUGGCAGUUCGGAGUUCGAAGACGUUGAACAUAUAAAUGAUGAAUUUUGGGCAAAUAUUAAAGAAUGGGCACUCCAAUUCAAUAUACCGCAUGAUACCUUACGAAAAUUGUCAACAAUAUGUAAUAAAAGAAUUCCAUAUUUGCUGCCAAGAGAUCCUCGUACUAUUUUGAAAACGAAUAUAUCAAAGAUUAAAAUAUUUGCUGUUGGCUCUGGAUUAUACUGGCAUAACGGAUUAAAAGAACCUUUACAAAAAUGUUUUGAAAUAAUUGAUUUCAAUUUUGAUGUUUUAAGUAUAUUUUUGCUAUAAAGGUACCAUGACAUACAUACUUAAGCUACAUCAAUGUCAAAGUGGUCACCACGACGCAUGUACACGGAGGACAUUGUUUUUUAGACCUAAGUCAGUUAGUGUGAUCGCGUCCAGCGUUUGUUGUAGAGCUAUCCCCACUUCACAGUUAUGCCCUUCUCAGAGGGGAAUUCCCUUAACUUCAUUAAACUAAGUCGAUAUUUUGUUAGAUGUUACAUACAUUUAUUUUGUUAAUAUGUAUAUUUAAAUAUAGAAUUACCUACAUUCUAAAUUAAUUAAACUUUGUUGUAUUCUUAAUAACAAUAACAACAUUCGUCACUUGGAUAAUGGUCAUAAACUGGAUAUUUUAAGCAAUUUGGGCACCAGAAAAAUGAGCUGCGCAGUAAUAAUUUAAUUCUUUUAUCAGACAAUAAAAAGUGAAUUAAUUUUGAACCAGUGUUAUUGUUAAUAAUUGUACGACAAGCAUAACAUUUCCGCCUCAUUGAAAAAUGUGUUUCCUUCCAAGGCCAUUUCGAUUUUUUAAGUUGUUUAAGAUUACCCUUCAUUAUGAAUUUAUCUACAUCCAAAUAGACCAUCAUUCUAUUAUCACCUACAAAAAAAGAACAACUUAAUUAACAAAAAGGUACUCUCCUACAAAAAAAGACUUCUUAAUUAACGAAUUGUAAUUAUAAGGCUAAACUUA